GGGAGGUGGAACCACGGACCCAGCUGGGGAACAGCUGGAGUAGGAUCCGGGUUCGAGUCCCAGAGUAGGAGCAGGUCCCGCAGCGGAUCCCGGAGCGGAUCCCGGAGCAGGAGCAGGUACAGAUCCCGGAGCAGAUCCCGGAGCAGGAGCAGAUCCCGGAGCAGAUCCCGGAGCAGGAGCAGGUACAGAUCCCGGAGCAGAUCCCGGAGCAGGAGCAGACCCCGGAGCAGAUCCCGGAGCAGGAGCAGAUCCCGGAGCAGAUCCCGGAGCAGGAGCAGGUACAGAUCCCGGAGCAGAUCCCGGAGCAGGAGCAGAUCCCGGAGCAGGAGCAGGUACAGAUCCCGGAGCAGAUCCCGGAGCAGGAGCAGACCCCGGAGCAGAUCCCGGAGCAGGAGCAGGUACAGAUCCCGGAGCAGAUCCCGGAGCAGGAGCAGACCCCGGAGCAGAUCCCGGAGCAGGAGCAGAUCCCGGAGCAGAUCCUGGAGCAGGAUGUUGCCGCAGGUGGACCAAGUCGUGCUGGGCCGGAGUUCGAUCCGGGCCUACCUGUGGUGCUUGGUUAUCGCCCUGGCCCUGACCACCUUCGUCAAGGCCGCCCUCCACGUCCUCCAGCUGCUGAGGCGCUUCCGGGAAAAUUCCAGGCGGCUGAAGUGCUUUGACAGCCCCCCGAGGCGGAGCUGGCUGAUGGGGCACCUGGGGAUGGUCAAUCCAGAUGAGGAAGGAAUGCGAAAGAUGUCAGAGCUGGUUUUAACGUUCCCACUCAGCAUGAAGACAUGGCUUGGACCUGUUUUGCCCUUAAUCUCGCUCUUUCACCCUGAUUACAUUAAGCCGGUUCUAUUGGCUUCAGCUCCUAUUGCCCCGAAGGACAAUCUAUUCUACGGCUUCCUCAAGCCUUGGCUGGGUGAUGGCCUGCUGACUAGUAAAGGGGAGCGAUGGGCCCGACACCGGCGACUCUUAACACCCGCCUUUCACUUUGACAUAUUAAAACCUUACGUGAAAAUCUUCAAUCAGUCUACCAACAUUCUUCACGAGAAGUGGCGCCAGCUGAUUUCGGAUGGGGCAGCCUCGUUGGAGAUGUUCGAGCACAUCAGCCUCAUGACUCUGGACAGCCUCUUAAAAUGCACCUUCAGCUACGACAGCAACUGUCAGCUGAAGUCCAGUGACUAUAUUGCUGCGAUAUAUGAGCUGAGCACACUGGUGGUGAAGAGGGAGAGAUAUUUGCCACAUCACUUCAACUUAAUUUACAAGUUCUCCUCCAAUGGGAAGCAGUUUGAAAGGGCCUGCAACCUGGUGCACUCCUACUCAAUGGAUGUGGUCCAACGUCGUCGGGAGGUCCUGAAGGAACAUGGGACAGAGACCUGGCUCCAGUUCAAACGGGGCAAAGUCAUGGACUUCCUGGACAUCUUGCUGCUGUCAAAGGAUGAGGAUGGCAUUGGCCUUUCAGAUGAGGAGAUCCAGUCAGAGGCGGACACCUUCAUGUUUGAGGGACAUGACACAACGGCCAGUGGGAUCUCGUGGGUGUUGUACAACCUCGCCAGACACCCGGAGUACCAGAGCAAGUGUAGAGAGGAGAUCGAGGAGUUAAUGAAGGGGAAAGAUGACAACGAGCUGGAGUGGGAUGAUCUCUCCCAGAUGCCCUUCACCAUCAUGUGCAUCAAGGAGAGUCUACGGCUAUACCCGGCAGUUACCACUGUAGCUCGGUGCUGCACAGAGGACAUCAAGCUUCCUGACGGCAGGGUGAUUCCCAAAGGGAAUACCUGCCUGAUCAGUAUUUAUGGAACCCACCACAAUCCUGCAGUCUGGCCAGAACCUGAGGUGUACAACCCGUAUCGCUUCGAUUCUGCAAACAUGGACAAGAGAGCACCGUACUCCUACAUCCCAUUCUCGGCUGGUCCAAGGAAUUGCAUCGGGCAGAACUUUGCCCUGUCCGAGAUGAAGGUGGCAGUGGCGCUGACUCUGCACCGCUUCGAGUUAUCGCUCGACACCUCACAGGAGGUGCGAAGGAAACCUGAGCUGAUUCUCCGGACCGAGCAAGGAAUUUGGCUGAAACUGGAGCUGCUGCCGGGGCGGCUAGGCUAGCGGACUGCUACAUGAAAAUGUCGGGAGGGGGAGGGGAGGGGGGGUGCGGGAAAGAAAACUCAGACAGGGUGGGGGAUAAAUUUUUUGCUACCCAACUUGCAAUCACUUGAGCGUGAAAUGACAGCCUGCAGCUCGAAGAGAAAAGGAGCUUUCAGUUUAUACCCACUUUUUUGGGGGAAAAAUAUACUUUAUUCAUAAAAUAUCUGAAAGAAACAUUUCAAAACGGCCAUCACAAAAAAAUGCAAUCAUAUUCCAGUAUACCCACUGAUGUAUGAAAAAUAUUUGCAGGGCGUGGGGUUGAAACACACUUAAUAAAUCACGGGCUCCUUCCAGAACCCUAACCCUAUGUUAGUCUUUGCAGCCAGUUAUUAUAAGAGUAAGCUCCUUAUGUGCAGUUUAUGGCUUUACUUAAAAUUGUAAUCGCUGUGGAAUUGAAUAAAAGGAACUGAGAAAUA